AUGACGGUUCAGUACCUUUUUUUCUUCGCCCAAGCACACCAUGAAUUUCGCAUACCAGAGCUGCUUUCUCUUUCGAAAAUGUUUGGUUUUGACUUGAACUUGCCCGAAAAUCCAGAGGAUCAGGAUCCCACUCGACCUUUUCUAAUCGUUGGUCUCCAAUGCGAAGAGCACGCUCGAUUGCUCGCAAGUCGAAGUAUUUUGAUCAAAUCAGUCUAUGAAUACUACGGUCAUGGAUCGACGUAUGAAGAGCUCCAUCUCAGCAAUCGCAACAAUCGCAACAAAUGGGCCAGAUACAUACCAGACACGUCCUUCAAGUUUAUUGUCACCGCAUACAAUCAUAAAAUCCCUCAAUUACGGCAAAGAGACAUUGUUGAAAGCUUUUCUUAUAUGGGCUUCUUGGGGAAAAUAGACAUGAAGAAUCCAGACAUCGUGCUGGCUUGUUUUGAAGAGUGCAAGUCUUACAUCGACCGGCAUGGUACCACUCGGGAAAAACACGAAGGAGAUGGCUUAUUUAAACAAGUGUAUUUUGGGAGACAAGUCGCCAUGGGCUCUGCUCGAUCUCUGAUAACCAUGUUCGACGUGAAGAAACGAUCAUACUAUGGGAACACCAGCAUGGAAGCCGAAAUCUCCCUUCUCAUGGCCAAUCAGACACUGGCGUCCCCCGGUAAGGUGAUUUAUGAUCCUUUUAUGGGAACAGGAAGCAUGGCGUAUCCGACAGCUUAUUUUGGCGCCCAAAUAUUUGGAUCUGAUAUCGAUGGACGGCAAAUGAGAGGAAAAGGUGACACUCCGGGCAUUAUAAGAGCAGCGACGCAGUAUGGAGUGGCAACCAGAAUUGUAGAUCUAUGCACUUUCGACAUCACACAAAAUCCUUGGCGAUGCGGAGACCUUUUUGAUGCCAUUAUAACUGAUCCUCCUUAUGGUGUCCGGGCCGGUGCCAAAAGAUUAGGUCGGAAACGAGAGUUGAGUCCUGCUAAAAUGGCUGCAUACCUUGAACACAGGGCAUCUCCUAGACCGGACGAUCAGCCUUACAUUCCCCCAACAAAACCAUAUGAACUUUCACGGCUUGCCGUUGACCUUGUGCUGCUUUCUAGGUAUUUACUGAAACCUGGAGGGAGGCUAGUGUUUUUCCUUCCCACUGUGACAGACGAAUACGAAGAGGUGGAUAUAUAUUCUAUGCUUUGUCCAGGGAUGGAGGUCAUCGCGAACUCGUUACAAGAUUUUGGCUCAUGGGGCCGUAGGCUCGUAACUAUACAAAAAACUGUCAGAGUUACUUAUCUACCGCCCGUGGUCGAAGCACAGGACCGUCCAGAAGAUCAGCAUGUCCCAGCUCACAAGGACUUCCGCGAAAAAUACUUUCGGGGAUUUAAAUCUAAGAACUGA